GUCUAGAAUCCUGGUCCUAUGGGCGAGGAGGAGCUGUGUCCCAGCAGCUCCGCCCAUUGCCAGCAGCAGACAGGGGUCUCAGCCACUCCAAGCCCCCAGAGGGCAGGCACGCAUGGGGUGGAGCGGCCCCAGGAGGCCUGGCCGGGUGCGGGUGGAGGCUCAGAGCCGAGGAGCCGCCCCAGGAAGAGGGAGGGAGGGAGCGGCCAGCCCGCGGGGAGCCAGGGCGGCAGCACGGGCCAAGCACUGGGCCAUGGGGUUCCUGCACCCCAGGAAGCGCCGGCCUACCCGGCAACUGACAUGAGCCCCUGCGGGUCCCUCAACCUAAGCCUGGCCGGCGAGGUGACCACGUGCCCGGCUCCCGUGGUCCCCAACGGGUCGGCGACGGCGCCCUCAGGCGCUUCUCCGGCGCUGCCCAUCUUCUCCAUGACGCUGGGAGCUGUGUCCAACGUGCUGGCGCUGGCGCUGCUGGCACAGGCCGCGGGUCGCCUACGGCGCCGUCGCUCGGCAGCCACCUUCCUCCUGUUCGUGGCCAGCCUGCUGGCCAUCGACUUGGCGGGCCACGUGAUCCCGGGGGCGCUGGUGCUGCGCCUUUACGCAGCGGGCCGCGCGCCGGCCGGCGGGGCGUGCCACUUCCUGGGCGGUUGCAUGGUCUUCUUCGGCCUGUGCCCGCUGCUGCUGGGCUGCGGCAUGGCCGUGGAGCGCUGCGUGGGCGUCACGCGGCCGCUGCUGCACGCGGCGCGCGUCUCGGUGGCCCGCGCGCGCCUGGCACUGGCCGCGCUGGCCGCCGUGGCGUUGGCCGUGGCCCUGCUGCCGCUGGCGCGCGUGGGGCGCUACGAGCUGCAGUACCCCGGCACGUGGUGCUUCAUCGGGCUCGGGCCCCCGGGGGGUUGGGGUCAGGCACUGCUGGCCGGUCUCUUCGCGGGCCUCGGCCUGGCCGCGCUGCUCGCCGCGCUCGUGUGCAACACGCUCAGCGGCCUGGCCCUGCUGCGCGCACGCUGGAGGCGCAGCCGUUCUCGAAGGCUCCCCCAGACCCCGGGUCCCGAAAGCCGCCGACGCUGGGGAUCGAGAGGACACCGUUCAGCCUCGGCCUCGUCCGCUUCGUCCAUCGCUUCGGCUCCGGCCACCCUCCGAGGUUCCCGGGGAGGCGGCUCGGCGCGCAGAACCCGUGCGCACGACGUGGAGAUGGUGGGCCAGCUCGUAGGCAUCAUGAUGGUGUCGUGCAUCUGCUGGAGUCCCCUGCUGGUGCUGGUGGUGCUGGCCGUCGGGGGCUGGAGCUCCAGCUCCCUGCAGCGCCCCCUGUUUCUGGCAGUGCGCCUCGCUUCGUGGAACCAGAUCCUUGACCCCUGGGUGUACAUCUUACUGCGUCAGGCCGUGCUGCGCCAAGUGCUUCGCCUCUUGCCCCCCAGGGCUGGUGCCAAGGGAGGCUCCACAGACCUGGGCCUGACCAAAAGCGCCUGGGAGGCUGGCUCGCUGCGUAGCUCCCGGCACAGCGGCCUCAGCCACUUCUGAACGCCCUCCAAAAUCUAAGCCCGCGCGCCCUAGGCGCCUCUGAGGAUUUAAGGAAGCCCAGGGAGGUGCGUCCCCGUCGGGGCUGCAAGCCAAGGCGCCGCCCGGACCAGUGUGCAGUCCCGUGGUUUGGCCACGCGAGGGCGGGGAGACGCCGGACGCUGGAGCCGCGCCGGGCGGGUGGCCAGGGUCCCUGCGAGUGGGAGUCGCAAGAGCGUGCGCGCAACACUUGGUGGGGGGGGGGGGGCGGUCUGGCGCUCCACCUGGGAGCAGAGUUUGGAAUUCACUUGCACCCUACUCCUACCUACGCCACGACUGACUGUUCUUUUUGCUUCCGUGCUACCUACACCAAGAUAGCCCUGACACCUGGCACCCUCCCAUCACAGCCAGGGAGCCCCCAGUGUCCCGCCCUCCCCAAUACAGACCCGACGACCUCGCCGCAAACGAGACAGCCCCGAGUGCGCACCCUUCCCUUGGCCUUCUUCAAACCCCACCAAUGUAGCUCCCCCGUGGGUCUGUCGUCCCUCCCCGCCCCCUCUGCAAGCACGACCCACGACCGCACACAGAUGUUGAAAGGUGGCAUGGACGGAGCACACGCCAAAUUCCUUUUUAAAAACUAAGAGCUCUCUGGUGGCGGGGCCGGGGGCCGGGGCUAGCAGCCUCCCGCCACGAAGUCGAAGUCCCGGAAAGCCGCCUGCUCCGCGGCUGUAAGGGCCCGAGCAUCUCGGGGUGGGCUCAGGGUAGGGGCCUCUCCCGUGAACUCCUCGUCGAAGUUGCUGACGUCGGUGCGCCCCGAGAGCGUGGGCACAAAGGGUGGGGGCAGGCGCCGGGCCAGCAGGGCAUCCCAGCCCAGGGUCUGGAGAGAGGAACAGAAAGGGUUAGGGUAGAGGGGAAAAGUGGGGACUCAGGAGCAAUCAAGAGGGGCUGAGAUCAACCAGGAAAGACCUGCCUGCGGUGACAUGGGCCUAGAGGAACGGUGGCGAGUGACGAGAACAGAGAGGAAAGGGCAGGGCGCGGUGGCGCACGCCUUUAAUCCCAGCGCUCGGGAGGCAGAGGUGGGAGGAACGCCGUGAGUUCGAGGCCAGCCCGGGACUACAUAGUGAGUUGCAGGUCAGCCUGGGCCAG